AUUCCAUUUCCGCGGCAGCAAUCCGAAUAAAAUCCGGUAAAGAUCCUUGAUGGCCACCCCGAAGGACCCCGCGAUAACGAUGGACGGGACACGGACAACGAGCGCGAGUGAAAUGCUACAAACCAUCCGUGAAGGUAGCGCCGAAAUCCUGAUGUCCGAUCACGUCUUCUACAACCCGGCGCAGGAGUUCAACCGCGAUCUGAGCAUCUGCGUACUGACCACAUUCUCGCGCAUUUAUCAGCGAGAAAAGAAGGCACAACAAAACCGAAAUGGUACAACCAGCAAGGACGAAGAGAAAAAUGGGACGGAGGAUCAACCCCCGAAACCCGGAAUUAAACACGAGAAUGGGCUACGUAUCCUGGAGGCACUUUCAGCGACGGGCUUGCGAAGCAUACGGUAUGCAAAAGAGGUCCCCGGUGUUAAAGAAAUCAUCGCCAACGAUCUCUCCAAAUCUGCCGUGGAAUCGAUAGAGAAAAAUGUGAAGCAUAACGAAGUGGAGGAAAUCAUCAAACCCAGCUUUAAUGAUGCGAUGACCCUGAUGUACAUGUCGACAAAACCGGACCAACGAUUCACCGCUAUAGAUCUGGAUCCAUACGGUCACCCGACGCGCUUCCUCGAUGGUGCCGUGCAGAGCGUGGAGGAUGGUGGACUGUUGCUCAUCACUGCCACCGAUAUGGCCGUACUGGCUGGAAAUACACCGGAAGCAUGCUACGUCAAGUACGGUUCGAUACCGCUGAAGACGAAAGCCUGCCAUGAGAUGGCAUUGCGGAUACUGUUACGGUGCAUCGAAACGACGGCCACCCGGUACGGACGCUAUAUUCAACCGCUACUUAGCAUUUCGGCCGAUUUCUACAUCCGGGUGUUUGUGCGCAUCUACACUGGCCAGUAUGCGUGCAAGAAGAGCAGCAGUAAGCAAUCGAUGGUGUACCAGUGUACGGGGUGUGAGUCGUUCACUCUGCAACCGCUCGGUGUACUGAAACCGAACCCAACCGAGGCCAAUCCACAGCAAAUCAAAUUUGGCAUCCCGACGGGACCGUUCGUAAGCAGCCGCUGUGAGCACUGCAACCAUCAGCAUCAUCUAGGUGGUCCGAUCUGGUCCGCACCGUUGCAUGAUCCGGAUUUUCUGGAAGAACUCAGUCGAACGGUUGAGUCGGAGGAUGCGAAACGGUUGAUGACGCUAAAGCGCAUCAGUGGUACACUGGCAGUGGUACGCGAGGAGCUACCUGAUGUACCACUGUACUACGCACUCGAUCGGCUCUGUGGAAUCUUGAAGCUUGAGUCCAUUUCAAUGCUUAAAUUACGGUCCGCACUGCUACAUGCCGGGUUCAGGGUUUCCUAUUCCCAUGCCUGUCGCACUUCAAUCAAAACGGAUGCCCCGAUUGGUGUGCUGUGGGAUAUUUUACGCUGCUGGCACCGAAUACACCCGGUAAAACCGGAUCGUUUCCUCGAAGGUGUCCCAUUGACGGCCAUACUGGCAAAGCAACCGGCGCGUGAUUACAAUCUGGGCGAGCUGCACCCGGACGCAAAUCCACCGAGUCGAAAGGAGUCGUUGACACGUUUCCAGGAGAAUCCUGCUGCCCACUGGGGCCCGGGAACGAAGGCAAUGCUCAUGGUUAGUGAAAACAGAAUGCUGAAAUCUACGCAAAACCAGAACAAACGAAAGCAGAGACGAGUUCUACGGAAGGAACAACAGGAUGGAAUAGGGGACCACGAGCCAACUAAUGAUGUCAAGGUUACAAGUCCCGGCACCUCGCCAGAACGUAAAAUCCUCAAGAAGGAUGAGGGGGGCAUUGGAAUAGAGGAAGGAACGACCAUACCGGAAGCGUAA